GCAAAAUCACACGCCUGGACUUUGACUCCCGCGUCAUCCCGCUUUGCAUCCACGUUUGAAGCAUUCGGCCGCGGGUGCAAAUGUCAUAUGAAAUUCAGAUGUUGUUAAUUACCCACACCGAUCGGCCGUGUUUCUGCGUGAGGUGUCGUAAAAGUGCGUGCCAGAGCAUAACCGCGGCACUAUCUGCUGGCGAAUUUGUUUCACCAUCUCCCCGUGCGAACGCUGUUAAUGCCGUGCUGUAGAACAGUGAUAGCGAUACCAACAAACAGCAGCCGCCAGCACAACAGUACGCAACACCGAUGGCAAGCAAACGAAAACCAAUCCACACGCCAUCUGCCGCCGGAGCAGCGGGCGGCAACGCGGCCCGUCCACAGAUGAACUUCCGCCAGGGGUUAAACGAUACGACCGCACGAGCGGAAGCAAAGGGCACGAGACCCACCGCCACACCGACCUCCAUCCGGGAAGUGCUCACGAUGAUGGUGCUGCACGUGUGCAAAAAGAUCAUCUUCUUCGACACCAGCCUGAAGGUGCCGCUGUACCUUGGCUCCUUGUUCAUCGUGUCCCUGAUCGGGGACUUUCUGCCCUACCCCAAGACAUACCUCGCCCGCACGGACAAUCUGUUCAACGUGUACUUCGUCAAGCUGGGCUGGGCCUGGACGCUGCUGUUUGCCUUCCCCUACCUGGCCAUGACCUCGAUCACGAUCUGCUGCGGCGACAAUCAGCGGCUGAUCCGGAACCAUCUGCCCCGGCUCGGCAUAGCGACCGUGUUUUGGUUCGUGUGGACGAAGCUGUUCAACGUGAUCGAAUCGAGCUACGGUCGGUGCAGUGUGCGCGGGUUCGAUGCCAAAACGCCCUGCCUGAAGGCGGGCCACCUGUGGAAUGGGUUUGACAUUUCCGGCCAUGCCUUCAUACUGAUCUACUCCAGCCUGGUGCUGAUGGAGGAAGCGCGCCCCAUCAUCGGGUGGGAAAGCAUUAAAGAUUUGCUGCGCAACGAGGAGCACAACCGGAGCAACAACGACAACUCCCAGACGUCCAAUCCGCUCAAGAACCUAAAGGACGAGGAUCUGAAGGCGCUCAAGUACUUCUACAAUCGCUUCACCCCCACGAUUCGGCUGUUCUUCAUCGGCAUGACGAUGCUGCAGCUGCUGUGGGACCUAAUGCUGGUCGGCACGAUGCUGUACCAUCAUCGGAUGGUGGAGAAGGUGCUGAGCGGCAUCAUUGCCGUCGUGACGUGGUUCGUGACGUACCGGGCCUGGUACCCGCUACCGACCGUGCUGCCCGAUCCGGUUGGCAAGGGGCUGUUCAACUACCAGUCGAUCAGCAAGCCGGAAAUUGGGCUGCGCCGAAGGGCCAGCUUACUGCAGCCCGGUUCCUCUGCAGCGGCCGGAGCCAAUGCGGGCGGCAGCGCCGGUAGUGCCAAAGAAAUACCCAAGUUCAUGGGCAUGCCACUGUACGCCGCACGGCAGCAAAUGUCUGGCGGGAGCGUUGGUGCAGGUGCAUCGCCGCUGGAAGGUGGUUCGGCCAGCGGACAGCAGGCCGCAUUCGUAAGUAGCCAUCUGUACGGUUCACGCAUUGGUAGCGGUGGCAUUGGCAACAGCAGUAGUGGUGGUGCUGGUGGCGGUAGUAGUGGUAGUUACUAUAGCAACUCCGACUUUAAUCAUCCUUCGUACGCUCGCUAUCGUAGUCGCUUUGAGCGAUUUGAAUCGUAGUUGUCUUCUCUGUUUUGCGUAUGUGAUUACGUGCGUGCAUGCGUGCAACAACGCAUCCUUAUUAAUUUCUGUGUUGAAUGUGGUUCGUGUGCAUAACAUUGGUUGUAUAGCGUCGGAAAAACGGGGGUAGUUCUGUACAUUUGGCAGGUGUGUUCAUUAGUGCUUUGCUGGUUAAAGGCAAUUCGGCUCUUCUUAACCCCUUCUUAGGCGUGGUGAUGGUAACGUUUCCUGUUGGAAGUUGUCCAAGGCUGUACAGACACGCACGCUGCUGUGUGGAAUAGCAUUAAGUCGCAUGAACAAAACUACAACUUUUUCUACCAAUGCACCACACUUUUUCCGAUUUUUUGCAGAUCUAAUUUGAUGGAGAUCCACCGACGGCUCUAUGUGUUGACAAUACGGUGCAAUUAAAUCGUUAUAUUAUUUACCGCACGAUGCGAACAAACACGACCCGGAACGUGUUGAUGGAGAGAUUGAAAGCGUUUUCCACACAAACCACCACUUCUUGCCACUACACCAAACAUCGGUGACGGGGAAGAAUUGACACGUGUCUCUGAGGCAAUGGGGGUGGCGUUUAUGUGUAGCAGAGCUGCAAUGAUUUAUUACUUUUGGCAAUUGUCUAACAGCACGGUCUUGAACUAAAAUUUUCUUUUCUUAUAAAGCUGACCAUAACGUGUAAUCCUCCCCCGGUAGGCGGGGGGAUGAAUUAAACGACUCCUACCGCGAAGAAAGCUGCGACGGGGAGGAUUAGUUUCCAGGGGUUCUCAUUGUUUUGGGACACUUUCUUGACUCUUUCCUAUUGGAAGUGAACUUCAUACGUUGGAAAUUGGACUCUAUUUUGCACAGGCUCCUUGAAAAUCCUAUUGGUAAGAUUGGUAAAACAAGUUUGCUAUAGAGCCCAAUUCCCAUUACAUUAAGUUCAUUUCACUUACGAAAGAGUCAAUAAAGCGUCCCACAGCUAUGAGAACUCCUGGAAAACCCCAGUAUAGGUUAAUUGUGUUCUUUCAUUGAACGUGUCUUUGGUGAUUUGUUUAGUUUGAUACAUUCAUACUCUUACUUAUUAUGAGGCAAGACUUACGUUAAUAUUUAUGUUCAUCCUCCCCCCUUUAUGCAAUUUCUUAGCUGUAUGUUAAUAUUAUGUUUCUUUUUUGUUGUUAUUGUUGGUAUUACUAUAUCCGUUCUAUUCUGUUUUGUAAAUCUUUGAUCGACCAAAUACAAGUAGGAAACUUAA